UAUGAUUCGCGUUUCGACCCGUGACAUCGUAGCAUACCGUCAUGCAGCCCACAACUUGUAGCACUUCUCUCGACGUCUUUCGCCAGAGUCACCACUGCGUGCGCACGGCAUGUCGUUGGCGAGCAGCUCAGCGACUUCAGCCCCACUGCUGCUGACAACCCCCCCAGGGGGUUUGACCAAUUUGUCGGAGCUCUCGCCAAGAAGGUCUUCGGGUUGGGACCCCUUCAUUCUGGCUUCGCUCAUAUGCAUGUCUUAGACCUUAAGCUUCUAGAGAAGAUUCCUCCCCCCCUCCUCUCUCUUUCUUUCUCAGUGUGGAAAGGCCGGAUCUCUUUCCCCCUCCGUGAGCGCGCGCGUGUGUGUGUGUGUGUUGAGCCAGUUGAACUGCUCCUCGAAUCUCUCUCGUGCCGACACGUCGAUUCGUACGGAAGGACGAACGAAAAUGCCGAGAGGACGAUUCGCCGAGAAGAGGGCCUCCGUGUGCACUCCGAACUCGCUGGCCGGACCAGCUACUGUCAGAGUGCUAGUUGGCCCAGACAACCACCAGUUCCUGAUCGCGAGAAAGCUCUUGGCGUCGUGUCAAUACUUUCGUGAGUUCAUCGAUGGCGCCCGCAUCGAGUUCGUCAAGGGCCAGGCCCAGCUUGUCGUCGUUCUGGAGGACCUGUCCCCGAACAUGUUCGAACUCUUCGCGUACUGGAUCGCGGAACAAAGAAAUCUCGAUAGGUUUAUCGACAUCGCCGAGGCCGACCGCACAUGCAAGGAGCUUCACUGGGACCUCGUCAGUUUGCAUCUCUUUGCCGCGCAGAUAGAGCUUCCCGCGCUGCAAGACUGCGCCCUGGACGCGAUUCAGGAUAUCUACCUCCGACGCAACUGGGACAUCAACCCAAAGCUCAUCAGCUAUGUCUACAAGUCGUGCGACCCGCAAGAGAGCUGCCGGCUUCGAAAGUGGAUCGUCGCCAUGACGUCCUGGACCCUCGGCGGCGUCGUACCGACGGACCUGUCCAACAGCAUCCAGCGCCUCUUCGACCAGUGCCCCGACUUCUUGGCCGAGUAUCACACCCAUACGCGCAAGAUGGCUAAGAGCGGGCUCGAGGGCCACUUCAAGAAUCCCCAACUCAGGCUUCCCUCGAAUAACCUCCGCAACGAGGAGCGCCAGUUCGGCUUCCGCCAAUGUUCGUUCCACACCCACCGCUCCACUGUCGGCCAAGGCAGGUGCCCACACACCGUCUCGCUCUCCCCGAUAUCUCCGUACGCCGACGGCUCUGUCGAGUCUGACUCGGAUCACUACGAAUCCAGAUUCGGGGGCUCCCGCAUGGUUUCUCCAUGUAGCGAUACCAUACCUGAGUCCGACUUAGAGACCCCCUGAGAAAACUUGUACACCAUGACCCCCCUAGAGGUUGUCUUGGCUCCAACAAGAUAGGAAGACCUGGGGUUUUCCGCCAUCCUAUACCUUUC